UGUCUCGCGUUACUUUUGUUUUUCCCUGCAUUGUUGGCUACAUUGCAACAGUAUAUGCACGAAUGGCAUGUGACGAAUGUUUUCGGCUCAAGAAUCUCAAAAAUAGCCGUCAACAGUUUGGUUGCUCGUAUCCGUCUCCUCGAAAACACUCUGAAGCAGCACAAUGUUCCUAUCCCAUAUUCGACCAAAGCUUCGAAAUCAUCGGCAGGAGAAACGUUAUGUCGCAAUGGACAAGAGACAUCAAAUAUUUCUCGACAGCAGUCCUCGAUGGUGCAAAGCGAAUAUUCAAAGUCACAAAACGACGGCCGUCCAGAUCGCAAACAGGCACUCAUCGAACGCAUUGACAGAGGAAAUUCCCUAACCCCAGGUCUCGAUCCAGAAAUUGAACUCCUCGUGAAUAGAACUGGCUCACUCCAGUUCAGCGACCAUGGCCAGCUGAAAUAUUUUGGCGCAACAUCGAAUGUGCAUUUCUUGCGAAAUUCAAUCCCUUUCCAGCCUCCAACCUCCACUUUCCUACCUUCAUCCGCCGAAAAAGAUAAAAGCCCGUCGGACUCGUCACUACUUGAAUAUACCGGUGAUGUGACACAUACAGUACCUCGGGAACUGGAAGAUCAUUUGAUACAGCUAUAUUUUACCUGGGAAAAUCCAUAUUUCCGCGUCGUAGACGAGGAAGCUUUUAUGAGUGCUCGACAACAGGCAUUGUCAAGGUCCGACAACGAAGAUGAUACACCGGUUUCAUCCUGCUACUCCGAGUUCCUCGUAAAUGCAAUGUGCUCCUGGGGAGCAUUAUUCACCGACCGAGAUGUUCCCGAACUUCCGCCUUUACAUGACUUUUUCAUCUUUCAAGCACGAGAAAAGCUACAACAUGAUAUGGAUAAUCCGACUAUCGCCACUGUGCAAGGCCUAGCCAUGAUGAGUGGGAGUGAAGUGAGUAGAGGCCGAGACUCGCGCGGAUGGCUCUAUUCCGGAAUGGCCGCACAGGUUGCACACCACCUGGGCCUGCACAUGGAUGUAGAGCAUUACGUUCAGUCUGGUGAUAUAAUACGAGAAGAAGCCAUUGCGCGAAGUGCCGCUUUUUGGGGGACUUAUGUCAUUGAUACUGCUUGGAGCUACUAUCUCGGCCGGUUGGUAAGGCCAGUCGUCAACGUUAACAGGAACCCAGCCCAGACCCCUUCACAGACGACGAAUUCUCAACCGCGAAUCUGGAGAAAUUAUACCGAUGAACCGAUGAGCUUGCCGGAAUAUGGCGGGCAACAUAUUGAUCCAGUUGCUUCUAUGUGGCGGCAACAAUUGAAACUAUGCUUCAUUAUGGAACGAUUUCAACACACAUUAUAUGAUAAACAAACAAGUUCCAUCGGCCAAUUGCGCAUGCAUACAUCUGCCGUAACGUGGGCGUUAGAUAAAUGGAUGGACGAACUGCCCUCAGAUCUUACGGUCAACUACGAGAGCACCUCGAAUAUUUAUCUACCUCAUGUCUUAGUCUUACACGCACAGUUCCACGAGGUGAUGAUAUUUGCAAAUCACCCAUUCAUCACCGAACCCAAGGGUGGAAGCAGCACCGGGUUCCUCUCUCUUCAGGCACAGAGGAAAUACGCCGAAUCGGCGCAGCGAAUCACCCAAAUAAUACGAAUGUAUGAUCGUCUAUGGACGCUGCGACGUAUUAAUAUUCAGUUUAUUCACCCCAUGUUCACUGCUGCCAUGGUUCAUUUAUAUGUGGCUUGCACGGCUAGCUCGCACAACCGGGAAGUGUUUACAGCGGCGGUAUCGGAUCUAGAAACCUGCUGCAAUGCAUUGAGAGAUGUUGGUGAAUACAUGGAGCUCGCUGUCUGGCAGCUGCGCUCAAUAGAUCAUAUCCGGCAGGUCUGGUACGAUUUGUUGGAGAAUCAAGAGGAUAUUCUAAUGUCCUCUCCACUGUCAGCUUUCAACAGCAACGACAGUGAACGCUGGUUGGCAAUAGAAGCGGUUGUCCAAAAGGCUUGGGUUCCGCACGGACCACUUAAACAGCCAUCCGCCACCGCAGGUCGAGCCUCUUUCUUUCUUGAUCUCUGUUUCCACAUCCAACAACGUCCCCUACAACUGAUUCAUAAAUACCUCGCCAUGGCCGACCCCACAAAACGCUCAGCCUACGGCACGGCGUCGUCCGAUACCGAUUUCCGCAAAACAUGGGAUCGCGAAGAAUACGCCAAAAAGGGCAAGGAAGACGAGGCCAAAUCCAGAGCAGAAGCCAAAGCCCGGUAUGAAGCCAAACUCGCCGGUAAAAAAUGGCACGCGCCCGUCGACUACAGCACACUGGAAACCACAUCGUCGCGCACGUCGCGGCUCGAUGUCGCCUCGAUGGUUGGGAAGACUACGAUGGUGCCUGCGGGCUCGGCGGUCGGGAAAAGAGGGCGUAGUGCCGGUUUUUACUGCUCGGACUGCGAUCUUACGUUCAAGGACAAUAUACAGUUGGUGGAACACUUGAAUAGCAAGCAGCAUUUGAUUGCUAUUGGGGAGAGCGGCGAGGUCAAGCGAGCCUCGGUGGGCGAUGUUCGGAAUCGGCUGCGCUGGUUGGCACACAAGAAAAGAGAAAAGGAAGAGGAGGAUCGCAAGGCGCUCAAUCUGGAUCUUGGCUCUAGGUUGAAGGAACGAGAGGAGGAAGAAUCAAGAGAGCGUGAAGAGAAGAGGGCAAAGCGAAGAGAAAAGCGAAAAGCUGUUAAGCAAGAAGACGAAGGCUGGGAGGGACGAUUGGGAAUUAUUGCAUGA